GAGGAGACUCCAGAUGGUCAUAUAGAUAAGCCAAAUAAAUAACCAAUUGACAGGGGGGAAGGAGAAAAAGGAAAUUCCCCGUCUUGCCUUUUCCCUCUUCCUCGAGCAUCUUGCGCUGCGCAGUGUUGGCGACACCACCGGGGAGCGGUGCGCAUUUUCUCUCUCUCGCGCGAGGCGCAUCUGAGGCGGCAUUUCUGAGCCGAGGCGGACGCACCAGCAGUGAGGGGAGAAACGCCGCAAUCUCACAACCGAGGGGACCAUUGCGGGGUGUUUUUCUUACCUCCUCUUUUGUAUCGCACCCACUGGGAAGGGAAAGGCACCCAAACCUGACGCAAACAGGAUAUUUGACCGGCCUGUGGACUGUUGAUUUACGCCACUUUGCAUUCCGCCAUUUCUUCCAAAGACCUAUCUAUUGACCAUCAGAGGAGCCUGGCUCUUGCAGCAUCUUUUUUUCCCUCGCUCUCUCUCUCUCUCCAUUGGUCCAUUUUAGAAGUAAUUGCCGCGGGGUGAGCGAGCAGCUUCCAUCGCCGGUCGACGGUUACAUAAGCGAGUGUCUUUAGCUGUCCAAGGUGCUGAACUGAUCGGUCCGGACCUACAGCGGGACGAGCCGCGGGGGGAUUCACAACCUUGCAAGGUCACAGGCCUAUCAGUCGGGAGAGAAGAGGAGAGCACGGGAUCCGCUCACCGAACCACCGGGAAGCCGCUUGGGUCUCCAUUAGUUGGCUUUCUUUUUCAUCGCUCCGUGGUUGAGAGACGUUUCCCUGAGCUGGUCGAUUCAGCGGAGGAGAGAAAAUGUCGGGGCAAACGCUCACGGAUCGCAUCGCCGCUGCGCAGUACCAGCUAACGGGAUCAGAUAUGGCCCGGGCUGUCUGCAAAGCCACUACUCACGAAGUGAUGGCGCCCAAGAAGAAGCACCUGGACUACCUGGUGUCGGCCACCAACACCACCAACGUGAACAUCCCUCAGAUGGCUGACACGCUGUUCGAGCGGGCCACCAAUGCCAGCUGGGUGGUCGUCUUCAAAGCCCUCACCACCUCUCAUCACAUGUGUGUCCAUGGCAAUGAGAGGUUCAUUCAGUACUUGGCUUCUAGGACCUCCCUGUUCAACCUCAGCAACUUUAUCGACAAAACUGGCUCUCACGGCUAUGACAUGUCUACAUUCAUCAGACGAUAUGGACGAUACCUGAAUGAGAAAGCCUUCGCCUACCGCCAGAUGGCUUUUGAUUUCACCAGAGUCAAGAAAGGUGCUGAGGGCGUGAUGAGGACCAUGACCACUGAGAAGCUGUUGAAAGGCAUGCCUGUCCUGCAGACUCAGAUUGACACACUUCUGGAGUUUGAUGUUCAUCCCAAGGAGCUGAAUAAUGGCAUCAUCAAUGCUGCAUUUCUGCUUCUCUUCAAGGACCUGGUCAAACUGUUUGCUUCCUACAACGAUGGCAUCAUCAACCUAUUAGAGAAAUACUUCAAGAUGAAGAAGAGUGACUGCAAGGAGGCCUUGGAGAUCUACAAGAGGUUCCUGACCAGGGUGACAAAGAUUGGGGAAUUCAUGAAGCUGGCUGAGACUGUUGGAGUUGAGAAAAAUGACAUUCCUGACAUCAACUACGCUCCCAGCAGCAUCCUGGAGUCUCUGGAAACACACAUGAAUGGUCUGGAGGAUACAAAGGGCGGAAAGAAGGGUGAAGGGUCUCCAACAAAGGGAUCUCCGACAAACAACGUGUCUCCAACAUCGACUCCAGCCAAAUCUUCGAACGCCGUUCCCACACUGCAGCCUCCUCCCGGGGAGAACGCUGCUGGUGCUGCUGCUCCGGAGCCAGCCGAAGAUUCCUUGUUGGACCUGGAUCCACUGUCCUCCAUGGGUCCCUCAGCAGCAUCAGCUGCCCCCACAUCUUGGGGAGACCUUCUCGGAUCAGAAAUGGGCGAUUCCUUGCUAUCCGAACCCACCCUCACAGCAGAGCCCACCCCCUCCUCUGCAGCAGCAACGCCCACUCCUGCAGCGGCAGAACCCGGAGUCUCUCUAGCUCCUCCCACUAGCACAGCAGCUGCCACCUCCCCUGGCGCCGCCAAUAUGGAUCUGUUGGGAGAUGCCUUUGCAACACCCGCCCCCGAGGCCUCCGCAGCAGCAGCAGCAGCAGCCGAAGGCGGGGCCGCAGCCACGUCUGCCCCGGCCGCCAACGCUGGAGCUGAGUCCACAGGAGGAGACGCCGCAGCCGCUGCUGCCCCUGCUGCCCCCGGUGCUGAACUCAUGUCAGUAUUUGACGGACUAGGGGAUGUAAUGAAGCCCACUGUGACCCCUCAAGCAGGCGAUGUUGACACCUCUAUGGCUAACAUGGCAAGUAAUCUCACAAUGGGAACCACAGCAGCCCCUCAGGUAGCUCCCCCCAGCUGGGGUGCUCCCAUGGCCGGAGCUCCCAUGAUGCCCAUGGUGAGGCCAGGUUUCCCAGCCACCGGAGCAUCUCCCGGUGCACCGAUGUCUCCCGGAAUGGCACAGAGCCCCAGGAAGCCUCAACCACCCAGGAACGCUCUGGAUGACCUCAAUAUUAAAGACUUCAUGUAGACCGACUGACCCCAAAAGAAAAAACAAGGUUUAUUGUAUCUGGAGCUCCGUGGAAGUGGAAGUCUGCACUUCCCCACUGCCUCCCCUCAGUCAUGCCCCAGCCCCUUCAGCCAACCAGCCAUCACAUCCAUGAUCUUCGCCCUCUGACCUCCCACCAGCCACGACCCAUAAAAAAAACAAACUCCGCCCUCCUUAUCUAAUGUUGUAGCACAACUGUGAAUGUGAACCCUAGAUACAGAAAACAAAAUUCAGUUUAUGUGUGUGGGUGUGCGUGUAAUUCAGUGUUAAACUUUACUUAAUAUACCACUGGAAAAAAUGAACAAAAAAAAUGUUAAAUGUGUAUUUAGAUUCAUUCUGGAUAUCUGCAUAUCAGCUGACUUGGAAUGGUGGAAAUGUGUUGGUUUCUUUGCGCAUCUCCCAGAUGAGGACUGUGUUGUUAAAUGUGGACUGUGUUCGGUGUGUGUAACUUCACUGGCCAACCCCUACUCCCACUCCUUCACCCAUGUCGUCCAAACUAAUACUGAGCUAUGUUUAUGUCAUUGAAGACUUGGUUGUUCCUAUAUCUGCUUGGCCAUCCAUCCUCCUACGGUACCUGUAUGUUUUUUGGAGAACUAUUUCUUGAUCAAAAUGAACCUGAAAAAAAACUUGCAUUCCAAAUCUGGACUUAUCGCUGAACACAUCAAACGGUGUUCGGUUUUAUUUUUACUUUUAUCGUUUUGUAGGGAUUGUAUGAACAUACAAAAAAUUUGUGAAAUGUGUUCAAAUUGACAUAUGCAUUUUAGACUAUUUUAGAUGAUAGAUUAUACAUAUUUUCUUUAUUUUGAGAGAGUAAAAAUGUAUCAUAUAUUUUUAGUUAUGUCAAAUGAUAUGGUUGGAAAAAAGGCAAGUAGACUCAAACUUUUCCCUCCUUUGUACAUAACCUCAAUCUGUAGUCAGUAUUGAAUGGAAACUUUGCCCUGAGUGUUUACUGGUGCGCCCUCUGCUGGUGUGGCGUGAUACUGCAUUUUUAGCGCUCAACUGGUCAAUUUGGGAUGAAUUCUGCAUCAUGCUCUCAAAGAGCACCUUUCCUAAUCUCAGUCUCCACAAAAGUUGACUUAAUUUUAGGGUGGAAAUCAAAGACACAAGUAAGCAUCUCUAGUUUUGAUUGGAAUGUGACCUCAGUCCUCUUUGAGUCAUUUGUGACGCUGCAGUGGUCGGUACAUUGGUUCAUACACUGUCACUGGAAGUCUUGGGGACUCUCUCUGUGAAGUACUCAAGUAUACGCUGGAUGUUCUGUGUGUUGUUUAUUUCCAAAAGUGACUGUAUCUUAAUCCAUUGUGGCAUUAACAAAGUGUUGAAAGAAAAAUAAAGAUGAUUAUGACACGUACAAAUUUAAAAGAAUGUGGGUAAAUAAUGUUUGCUAAGUAUUCGUAUGAAGGCUGUGAUGGUUUUUUAUUUUAUUUUAUUAUUCAUUUUGGGUCACUGUGGACGGCAUCGCCCUCCCCCAACCCCACCUGCAUGUGAGUCCAAAUGAGAUGCAAUAAAAGACAAAUACACUGA